AUGCAUCGCUCUCGGGCUGCUGCUCGGUCGUCGAGCAAGACCCCUUCGGAAUCUUCAACUUCGAGUUCCCCCGAACGCGCCGCCGACGAUGACACCGAUUUCUUUGCCCAGGCAAAUGACUCGCAGUCUUCUAUUGGGGUUGGGACGUUUCGCGAACAGAUAGGAAGCAAUGAGCCGGAUAUCAUUAUUCCCCCGAUCGGGCGGCUACCUCCAGAAAUUCUAAUAUCCAUCUUUUCAAAACUUAGCUCACCUUCGGAUAUGCUACACUGUAUGUUGGUUUCGCGGAAAUGGGCGGCAAACUGUGUUGGCAUUCUUUGGCAUCGACCGUCGUGCAAUCGGACUGAGAACCUUCGAAGCGUUGUGACAUCCGUGGGCAAAAUCGAGAGCUUCUUUCCAUACUCCGAACUCAUCAGACGCCUGAAUCUAGCGAGCUUGGCGCCAAAGAUCACGGAUGGCGAACUUUCCGCCUUUACGCAGUGCAAACGUAUUGAGCGUUUGACUCUAACCAAUUGUUCGAAGCUGACGGAUAAGGGUGUGUCAGAUCUGGUGGAAGGCAAUCGACACCUGCAAGCUCUGGAUGUUUCGGAGCUUCAUUCGUUGACAGAUAAUUUCCUGUACACGGUGGCCAAGAAUUGCCCUCGUUUACAAGGGUUGAACAUCACCGGUUGCUCACAAAUAACAGACGAGUCACUAGUGGUCAUAUCACAAGCCUGCAGACAUCUGAAGAGGUUAAAGUUGAACGGCGUGAACCGAGUUACGGACAGGUCUAUUCUUUCCUAUGCAGAAAACUGCCCGUCAAUAUUAGAGAUUGAUUUGCAUGACUGCAAACAAGUUACCAGUCGAUCUGUGACAGCUCUGCUGUCUACUUUGCGAAAUAUGCGAGAACUACGCCUAGCCCAGUGUGUUGAAAUUGACGACUCCGCCUUCCUUCGACUUCCUCCACAUUCUUUGUUUGAGAGCCUUCGCGCUAUGGAUCUGACUGCCUGUGAGCAGAUUAGAGACGAUGCUAUUGAACGUAUCACCGAUGCAGCUCCUCGGCUGCGAAACCUUGUACUUAACAAGUGUAGAUUUAUCACGGACCGUGCCGUGCUGGCUAUCUGCAAGCUGGGCAAGAAUCUGCAUCUGGUGCACCUCGGCCAUUGUUCCAAUAUCACAGACGCUGCAGUCUCUCAGCUCGUGAAGUCUUGCAACCGGAUACGCUACAUCGAUCUGGCCUGCUGUAAUUUACUCACAGAUGUCAGUGUCCAACAAUUAGCAACGCUACCAAAGUUGAAACGAAUUGGUUUGGUCAAGUGCCAAGCUAUUACGGACUGGAGUAUCUUGGCUCUUGCUCGUUCAAGGGCUCUCCCACACUCAGUUAGCCCUAGCUGUCUAGAAAGGGUGCACUUGAGUUAUUGUGUGAAUUUGACUAUGGAGGGAAUUCAUGCUCUGCUGAACUUCUGCCCACGUCUCACUCAUCUCAGUCUGACUGGAGUACAGGCGUUCUUACAUGAAGAUCUCACCGCAUUUUGCCGUGAUGCUCCCCCGGAGUUUACUCAACAGCAACGCGAAGUCUUCUGCGUAUUUAGCGGCGAAGGUGUUAUGAGACUACGCGACUAUCUGAAUCGGAAUGUCGGGCCGUUCCCUUCGGAAACAGAAGCUACGAUGUACGAUGAUGAAGACGAGCUAGACGAAGAAGAAAAUCAUGUCACUGGAUUGAUGAGCGCGGCAGCCAUCCGGGAUGAUGACGACGACAUGGGUGAUAGUGUUAUUGAAGUUGGGCCACCCACUGGUUGA